CACGAAUCCUUAAUCCUAUAAAUUAAGGUGGCCACUACUAAUGUUUCUCCACCCUAAAAUACGUGAACAACAUCUUCUUUGCUUCUUCAAUGGAUCAUCAAACCGGAUCAAACCAGACCCAAACAAAACCCGUAAUCCCUGCAUAUGUAAAAGCCAUAUCCGGUUCACUAGCUGGAAUCGUGGAGGCGGCUUGUCUCCAACCCACAGAUGUCAUCAAGACCCGGUUACAACUCGAUGGAGCGGGGGUUUACAAGGGUAUACUACACUGCGGUACCACCACCGUGAAGACCGAAGGCGUUCGGGCUCUUUGGAAGGGUUUGACACCCUUUUCCACCCACUUGACGUUGAAGUAUGCGCUUCGGAUGGGCUCCAAUGCCGUCCUUCAAUCCGCGUUUAAGGAUUCUGAUACUGGAAAGAUUAGCGUUGGAGGGAGGUUUCUUUCGGGGUUUGGCGCGGGUGCUAUUGAAGCCGUCGCUAUCGUAACUCCCUUUGAGGUGGUAAAAAUAAGACUACAACAACAAAAGGGAAUGAGUCAGGAGGCUCUAAAGUACAAGGGUCCCAUCCAUUGUGCUCGGUUAAUUGUGCGCGAAGAAGGCUUAAAGGGCCUUUGGUCAGGGGCGGGGCCGACGAUUAUGCGCAACGGGACAAACCAAGCGUUCAUGUUCACAGCCAAGAACACUUUUGACAAAGUAUUAUGGAGGAAAGACGAAGGUGAUGGGAAGGUUCUUCAAGCAUAUCAGUCUAUGAUGUCUGGGUUCCUCGCGGGAAUAGUGGGCCCCGUAUGUACCGGUCCUUUCGAUGUGGUGAAAACACGGCUCAUGGCUCAAAGUGGUGAAAUGAAGUAUAAAGGCAUGGUGCACGCUUUCUCGAGUAUAUACGCUGAAGAAGGGUUGCGUGCGCUUUGGAAAGGUCUCAUUCCACGGUUGAUGCGUAUACCACCCGGGCAGGCCAUAAUGUGGGGUGUGGCUGAUCAAGUGAUCGGCUUUUACGAGACAAGAUACAUUCAACUUAACAGGAAUAAUGAUAAUGAUAUACCCAUAUUAGGGGUCUAGCUAAUCUUACAAAUUUUAUUCUUGAAUCAUGGCAUUUUUUUGUUUUUGUAAUGGGAUUUGAGAUGCAUAAUGAUUGGAAUAUACCUUAUUAUUAUUAUUAUUA